AUGGCCAAUGAGCAGUAUCUAUUUACAGAUAAAUAUGCUUCAGCAGUUACUUCGUGCCUUCAGGACUUUAGCGAAUUGAAUGAAGAUAGAAUUAUAUUUGACCAAGGGUUUAAUAAGAUUUGUGAAAUUUAUGGAGCACUGAAUAAUUUGCAAAGAGCUAGCGAUCUAUUUGAGCCAUCUCACGUUUGGAUAGUGAUGUUGGUGGGGAUGGCAUCUGCUGGAUUGGAGGAGAAGAUUGUCGAAGCUGGUGGGUAA